AUGAAACCCGCUUCUCCUGCACUUUCCAGAGCAAGGACAGGUGGAGUAUCAGAUGAGGCGGCGCAGUUGCGAAGGGCCGAAGUACCCAAAAGGGCACUGAGGACAGCGGGGUCCUUCAACGAGCGAGCUCCGCCCGUUUGGUUGGUCGGAUCAGGACAGGGAAAGGCGGAGGAUGAUGAUGAUGCCUGCAGUAGUGCCGACAGUGUACGCAGCGGCUAUCAAGAGCAAGAUGCAUCGGAGCAGCCCGUCACGCCCCAAAGCCCGGCAAGCCAUGGAGUCUCAAGCAGCUCGGAAGGGACCCCAAGCGACAUGAGGAAGGCACCUCGGAUGAGCGAUGUGAAGAAAGACAAGGCAGAGUUGCCAGCUGUUGCUGGUGCAGAACGGAGGCCAGCUUCAGGGAGUUCUGCACGAGACUCUUUACGGAGCCCACAGGGCACAAGUCCUCCUGCACCCGGCGUCCAGACGACGGUGGAUCAGGUCGAGAUUUCAGUAAAUGCCAGCACUGCUGGCGAGUGGGUGAAUAAAUUGAAGGCGCUACAGGAUGUUGCCGACGAGCAUUCCUCGUGCGCCUGCAGGAUUAUGGGCCACGUGGAGGAUAUGUUUCCCGAGGCGCGUGAGUUCUCCAGCUCGACCAAGUCCAAGAUUCUGGACGAGAUCUUCUUGCAGCUUGAGCUGAGCCGGGAGCUCCUGGAGCGACAUGCCCAAGGCCUCAUUGGGACGGACUUGGCCGAGCUCAAAAUGAUGAAAGCAGAGUACAAGAGACUAGAUGACAGAUUGGUGAGGAUGAACAAGCUGUUUGCGAAGGAGGUGAGCAGUCUUCGAGAUUUGCUCCAGAAGAAGAAAGAGGGUGUGGCACCGGCUGCUCCACCCAAGAGCAGCUACGAACCACUCAUGUUCAUGGAGCCCGCUCAGCGGGGUUGGUUGCUUGGUCUUCUCGAAGAGAAGCUGGAGGCGAACUGCCAAUGUGACCCACCAAAGUUGUGGCAACAGCCGAUUGCAGCCAUGGCACAGCCAUCAAGCUCAGCAGGCGGGGGACCCUUGUUUCGAACCCGCCCCACAAGCAGCGUGCCGAGUGACGGCACUGUGGCUGACAUCUUGGACGCGCGCGCCAGACGUCGAGAGGCCUACAACUCCCGCAGGAGCAGCUGUCCACAGAUUCCUUGCAGGAGCCAAAGUUCGCUCAGCAUAGUGGAAGUUGUCCUUUGCCCGCUUCUCCUUUGUGCAUGUAUGCUCCGAACUAUUUUCCAGCUUCUUUGGACAAGCCUGACAGGAUUGUUGCACUGCAUGAUGCACCUGCACUUCCUGCUCGGAGCUGUGGUAGCUUUCGCGGUGAUGGCUGCUGCUUCUUGGCAAUUCUGCAUGGAGGUUCAAGCGCCUGCACCGUCCGUGCAUGUCGUUUGCAGAGCCGAAUCGCCUACAGCUCUGCAGGUUCGAGACGUAGCGCGAACCGUGAGUACGUCGAUUUCGCUGAAUUGGGCGUGGUUGACAAAUAUCGUGACCGAGCUUGAGCACCGAGUUUCACAGCUACUGUUACGUGGUCAGUGCCCGUACCGUACUCCUGAGGAAGCACGAGAAGCCUGCUUGUCUCGCUCAGAUUCGUUGGUACUGCGCCGCGCCAGCGACUGCUCUACCCUGCGCAGAGCAUACUACGACGGCCAGAAGCAGGUUCAUCCAGACAGGCUACGACUCCUGCAUCCAGCUUGCGACACGGAAGUCUUGCAGGCGUGCAGCGUCGCGCUGAAUCUGGCCUUUGAGCACCGGAGAGCUGCUCUCUCGGAAGCGAAUCCGGACAUCGAGCGAAGAGUCAACGCUGCGGAGCUCGCACGCCUGCGGGAUCUCUUCAAAAAGGAGCAGCAGAGCUCGUUGGAACGGAAAGUUGCCAAGCUAAACGAGGAAGAUCAAGCAGCAAGGAAGCAGAUUGCUGUCCUGGAAGCCUACAACGAGAAGUUGAAGCUGGAGAUAAGAAAGAUUGAUGAUAGCGGCUCUUCGACUUCAACAUUGGUGGACGGGCUAGCGCCCGAGGGCAGCGCAAGCCUCGUGGUCGCGAAACAGACUUCUGGCUCGAGUGCCGCAAUGUCACCUCCUGCUGGCAAGCCCAAAACUGGCCGGCCAAAGAGGGGCGCAACCUUCACAAGAGCAGGCUCUGGUGAAGAAGUUGGAGCUCAGGCGGCGAUGCCUGACGUCUUGCAACUCCCCGAAGGCUCCUAA